CCAAAAUGGCCAAAUAAGAGACUCGAUGAAAUAGCAGCCCUGUAACUAUAGUAGUUGUAAGGAAAUUUUCUCCUCUAAGUCACGAUACCAAAUAGGAAAAAUGAUCUACAAGUGCCCCAUGUGUAGGGAAUUUUUCUCUGAGAGAGCAGAUCUUUUUAUGCAUCAGAAAAUUCACACUGCUGAGAAGCCCCAUAAGUGUGACAAGUGUGAUAAGGGUUUCUUUCACAUAUCAGAGCUUCACAUUCAUUGGAGAGACCACACAGGAGAGAAGGUCUAUAAAUGUGAUGAUUGUGGUAAGGAUUUUAGUACUACAACAAAACUUAACAGACAUAAGAAAAUCCACACAGUGGAAAAGCCCUAUAAAUGCUAUGAGUGUGGCAAAGCCUUCAAUUGGAGCUCACAUCUUCAAAUUCACAUGAGAGUUCACACAGGUGAGAAACCCUAUGUCUGUAGCGAGUGUGGAAGGGGCUUUAGUAAUAGUUCAAACCUCUGCAUGCAUCAGAGAGUCCACACCGGAGAGAAACCCUUUAAAUGUGAAGAGUGUGGGAAGGCCUUCAGGCACACUUCCAGCCUCUGCAUGCAUCAGAGAGUCCACACCGGAGAGAAACCCUAUAAAUGUUACGAGUGUGGGAAGGCCUUCAGCCAGGGCUCCAGCCUCUGCAUCCAUCAGAGAGUGCACACCGGGGAGAAGCCCUAUAGAUGUUGUGGGUGUGGGAAGGCUUUCAGCCAGAGCUCCAGCCUCUGUAUCCAUCAGCGAGUUCACACAGGAGAGAAGCCUUUUAAAUGCGAUGAGUGUGGGAAGGCCUUCAGCCAGAGCCCCAGCCUCUGCAUCCAUCAGAGAGUGCACACAAAGGAGAGAAACCAUCUCAAAAUAUCAGUUAUAUAAAGCAUCUUGCUAAGAGUUAAAAAUCUUAAAACCCAUAAGUGCCACUAGGAAGGAAACCCUAUAAAUACCUGCAUUGACCCAAAAAAUUUUUACAGCAAGCCCCAGCAGAACAUUCUUUUUGAAGAGGCAUAUGUGAGGUUGAUUUUUCUGAUUCAUGCCAAGUGUGUUCCACAACUUGACUUUGAAUCUGGAAUCCCACUGGUGUCUGCCCGAGAUAGGCUGUGAGGUCCCAGCAUUUCCCAUCCAUGGAAAUGGGGGGGGGGUGUUUCCUGGGAUUCGGCCAGAUGCCUCGCAAGUUGAGAUACUGUGCAGGAAACCAUGAUACUUGCCCAGCCUCCCGUGUCACCUGUUGACGCUUUCCCCAACAGUUACCCAGGUGCUCCCCCUCGGGAGCUCACAGCCCCCUUUGGAUUCGAGCAUACCGAUUACUGCCCUUGAAAACGGACAGCUCCCACAGAGAUUGGUUCUGGUAUUUCUGAGGUUCCCCUUGACUCAGCCCCUCCAUGUCUGCCCAUAGCUCUUGUUACUUCUGAACCUACUUUUUCCUAUCCUCAAAACACCCGUAAAUAUCCACCCCUUCCUAGAUGGCAUUCAAUUUCAUUUUAGAUUUUAGGUGACUCAUAAUUUCCAUUCACUUGGCCUAUCCGAGAAAUCAUUACACAUACGUGCCCUUGAACUUUUUAGUUUUAACUUUGUGGAUUCUGCUAAUCACUGCGUCUCUGUUAGACUUUUCUAGUGGCUGCAUCACAUAGUUUUAACUUGAAUUUUUUUGGAAUUAGCUGAAUGUAAAUAGCAGGGAGGAAGAAGCAAGCAAAGUUACAACUUUUCUCCAUCCAGCUUGCCCUCUCCAGCCCCUUCUGUAACGGGGAGCUGUGUGCUGGCUAGGGGAGACCGUAGAAGUGGGAGGUAGGAGCCGAGCAGCAUUUAGCCUCCUUUCCUGUAAUUUUGGGCAAUAACCAAUAGGAGUCCUCGAUACCCCUUCUUCGAGGAUUCUGUAUCAGUUCCUUUUUAGGCAUGAAUGUUCAUGCUAAUUGACCUUUAAUCAUUCAUUCGACAAGUAUUUAUUGAACACCUCCUACGUGCCAGGCACUGUGCUGGCUGCUGGGAAUAUGCCACUGAAUCAGACAGACAAGGGCCCUGCUCAUGGAGUCUACUUCUGGUGGGGGAGACAGACGCUAAGCAAGGCAACAAAUAAAUAACGUAGUUUGAGGUAGUGGUUAAGUGCUAUGAAGAAAAUAAACUAGGGUGAUGAUUUAGAGGGGUGGGGUGGGGUGGGGGUGGGGCAACAUUAGAUAGUGGUCAGGCAAGGCCUUUCGGAGGGGUGGCACUGGAACGGGGACCAGGAGCCCCCGCAGGCAGAGCGCAGGUGCCGCGGUGGGCAGAGCUGCCGCGCGUGGCGGGCCAGAAAGGCGGCGGGCGUGGAGCGUAGUGGUUUUGUUUUUGUUUGGGUUUUUUUUGGGCUAGAUUGAUAUUAAAAACUCAUGUGGAGGAACUCAAGGAAUGUUUAGAAGACCGAAAGUCCCCAAUGACAAGAACAAAAAGCAACUAAUUUUUAACUUUGUUUCUCUUCUCAUUCCUGUUUUCAUUGAUUUCCCACAUGUCCUUUUGCUCAGGAAGUCUUUGGGGAAAUUAAGGACCUUUGAAACUCUGAAAUGGGUGAUGAUGACAGUGGUGUCUGUCAGCUGUCAGGUUGGAAAUGAACUACCCAAAAUAAGUCAUGGAAAUACUGAAACAAAGCUUGAUUUUUCUCCCCACAUUUGAAUUACUUAAUUCUGUGUGACUGGAAGGGGUUUUUGUGUAAGACCUCAGCGCAUAAAGAUUUAAAGGAGCACAUUAUUUUGUGGGCGGGCUGUGAAGCUAGAGACAGGACUUGGGGCUGACUAGUCACCAUCUGGACUUGAAUCCAGAUCCCUCUGUGAACAAGCCUCCGGGGGCCACUUCUCACAUUCCCUCCUUUUCACAGAGAGGGCGGCUCAGCUAUCGGCCAAAGCCCCUUCCAGGCCUGAAUUCCUCGACUACGAUUUACUGUAGUGUCUUAUCACUCAUGUCACAGUAGCGUGAAGCGUUAGAGAAAAGCCUAGACUUUUAGUUUAUGAUAGAGAGCCAGUUGAAAUAUCAUUGAUAGAAUUUUAGUGUUAGGAAAAAUUGGUUUGAUUUCUAGCUUUAUUAGGUAUGUGAGCUUGGGCAAAUCACUUAACCUUUGAGUCUAGUUUUCUCACUUACAAAAUGAGGAUAUUAGGCUAAACGAUUUCCGAGUUUCCAGCUAGUCCUAGAGUUCUAUAUUUCUACAUAGUUGAAUUAUUUUAUCAUGCUGUUGCUGGGGAAUAUGACUAACACUUUUAAAGCUACUAAUUUUAUGUCGAGCUUUAAAGUCCAUAAUUGUUAUCUUCGGAAAAUAUUAUUUGACCUACAGUAUGUCCAAAUCAAUUUAAUAAAAUCACUUUAUAACAGGGUUCUGUGCUUGA